UGUGUUGUAAGUACGCAAACAUUGCUAGUGUAAUUUAAUUUAAUCACAAAAGAAACAAUGCAUUCAAAGUUAAAAUUAAAUCGUUUAGUCAUUUGUUAUUUCAUUAAACGCGUUAUUGUAAUUAAAAUUAUCGCUAUUGUGAUUAUAUAUGUUAUGUUUUAUGGCGCAGAACAAAAUAAACGUAUAUUGUUGGAUACACUCAAAUACAAGAACACUAAAGAAUAUGUAUUGCAUACAGUAGAAAUAAGAAGUAUGGAAGAGCAACUGAAAGAGAAAACGAAUACAGAUACGAAGUAUAUUCUACAAUGGUAUCAAGGUAAAUCAUCUCCAUUUUAUCUCAUAGGCAGAGACAGUUCGGUCUUCUUCAAAUACAACUGUCCAUAUACAAACUGCAUAAUGACUAAUGAUCCAGAUUAUUUAUCUGAUAUAACAACCUUUGAUGCAAUCCUAUUCCACGGUUGUAAUAUUAACGAUCAUGCCAUAAAUUUACCACCAAAAAGAUCAACGAGGCAAAAAUAUGUUUUCGCAGCGACUGAAUCUAGCCACUAUUACGCCAUUAACAACCCUAUUUACGACAAUUUUUUUAAUUGGACCUGGACAUACAAGUUGGACUCCGAAGUGUAUUGGGGGUAUAUAACAAUUUACGAUUUGAAUGGUACUGUAAUUGGUCCGAAAUUAGAAAUGCACUGGCCAGAAUUAGACCCUGUGGAUAUGGAAAUUAAGCAUAAUUUAGUUAAUAAAUCAAAAGCUGCAGCUUGGUUCGUUUCUAACUGUUACUCGAAGAGUCACAGGGAGGUUGAAGUUAGUAAAAUUAAUGAAGAAUUGUCUAAGUACGGCUGGUCGGUUGAUGUUUACGGGAAAUGUGGCAGAUUGAAGUGUCCCAGAAAUUCGAAUUAUUGCUAUGAAUUAAUAAGAAAAACAUAUUAUUUCUAUUUUUCGUUUGAGAAUUCUUUUGCAGAAGAUUAUGUCACUGAAAAACUAUUGACUGCUUUGAACAAUUUUGCUGUACCGGUAGUGUUCGGUACAGCCAAUUAUACAAGGUUUCUACCGUCCGGCACUUAUUUAAACGCGAGAGAAAUGGGCCCCCAAGAACUGGCCAAAACUAUGGACGAAAUUAUCAAGAAUAAGACUCGAUAUUACGACUUCUUCAGAUGGAGAAACCACUUUGUAUACAAGGAAACCAUCGAUACAGUGGACAGCUGUAAUAUAUGCACGGCUUUGAAUGACGAGGACAAGUUCAGUAAAUACAGUUUAUACAAGAACUUUAGAAAUUGGUGGAACGAAUAUGAUUAAGAAUGGAUUACUUUGAGCACCUAAAUUUUUAACUACCAAGCUUCGUUACAUAUUCAGACGAUAUUCUUAUUUCAUAAAAGUGCAAAAGUACUCCAACAAGGAAAUUGCUGUUGGAAGCAAUCUUUUAAAGACUUCGAGAUUUGUAUCCUUCUUUUCCACAAACAAAUAAAUCCUAUUCUUUUAAAUAAGAACUCGUUUCAAGCUCGACUAGAUCAAAACGUACAGAUUACGGGGGAUUAUAAAUAUUUUCAUUAAUUGAAUGUUAAUAAUUGAACGGCCAUCAGAGAAGCAUAGAAAAAUCCCUAGCAGCGGAAAUUAAAAAGUGCUUCGCGUCCGGCCCGAGUGGUGGCUUGAGUGCAGUGGAAAAAGUUGUCCGAAACUGGCACGGAUUAACUAGCCAUUUAACAAGUAUAUAUUUUAUACCUAACUUAAAUAAUUGUUUAUACUGAUCUUACA